CAUGUGUGCGUGUAAGAAAAUCUCAAACGGCUGACAUUUUUCCAUCAAAAGGAGCUUCAUUUUGGUGCGGCUGUGAAACGUUUUCCUUUCUUUUCGCCGAGAAAAGUGCGAAAACAUCUUUGAAGUAAUUACAAUAAUUAAGGAAGACGCAUUUCCCCGGCAAAGUGCAGACGGCAGAAAAUUUUCGCCUUCGCAUCGCAAUGGCUGGCGGAUCCGGUACGAAGGUUGUGCAAAUCACCAACAUUGCACCUCAGGCAACCAAGGAUCAGAUGCAAAAUUUGUUCGGACAUGUUGGUAAAAUUGACGAGAUCAGAUUGUAUCCGACGAUCCGAGAUGUGUCCUGCCCCGUGGUGUCCCGUAUUUGCUACGUCAAAUAUUUCGAGAGCAGCUGUGUCGCAGUGGCACAGCAUUUAACCAACACGGUCUUUAUCGAUCGAGCUCUCAUUGUUAUUCCGGUACAGGGUGGCAUGAUACCCGACGAGUACAAGGCGUUGGAGAUGGCUGCCAAUGGAACGUUGGUACCAGGUUUGCAUAACAUCGAUACCCCGAGUAAAUUGCCACCGGAGGUUGUGAAUCGGAUUGACGGAAUGGUACCCAAUCAGGUUGUGAAAACUAUUGAUCCAAAACUGGAUGAAAAUAACCUCCCAGAGUAUCCUCCUCUUCCGGUUAAUUUUGAUGCGAAAAAGAUUGAAGAAACACGUCGCACGAUUCUAGUGCUGGAUAUAAAGUCCGACUGGCGCUUGGAAGAUUUAAUGGAUCAUUUUAAAGUAGCUGGAGAAAUAAAAUACGCACGAUGUGCCGAGAAUGAUCGUUCCCGUUAUGCCCUACUUGAGUUUUGCGAUCAGAAGAGUAUUAUUUCGGCACUUAAAAUGCAAGGUUCGGACUUCCGUGGGUACCGGUUAAAUGUUCAUCAUUCAACGCAGCCUAUCGUGAAACCGGAAGCGAAGAGUAACGAGGCUGCCCAGAAGGAAAUCGAGGAAGCUAUGUCGAUUGUCAAGGAAGCUCAUAACAUGAUUUCGGCUGCAAUUGAUCCGGUUAUUGGAAUGUUGGCAAAGGAUAAGAGUGCAAGUCGACGUCGAUCUCGCUCGCAUUCCCGUUCAAAGGAUCGUCGUUCCCGAUCUCGUUCGCGAAAGCGCUCGGAGUCUCGUUCUAAGCGCUCGCGAUCUCGCAAACGGUCACGCAGCCGUUCCAAGCGAUCUCGGAGUCAUUCAAAGCACACGAAACGAUCGUCAUCAAGAAGUAAGCGUUCUCGGUCCCGGUCAAAACGUUCUCGUUCUCGUGAUCGUCGCAAACGCUCACGUUCUCGCCAUCGUAGCCGAUCACGUUCACGUGAUCGACGCCGCUCUCGCUCUCGUUCUAAUCGCAAACGUUCCCGUUCUCGUGAACGUCGCGAUCGCAGCCGUGAACGUAAGAAAUCUCAUCGCAACAAGGAAGAACGACGGCGCCGCUCGCGAUCACGUUCGCGUAGCCGUAAGCGAUCAUCUUCUCGUAGCCGAUCCAGCCGUUCGAAGGACGCGACGCGGGGAUCGAAGAAACGCAGUCGUUCACCGGACAAGCGUUUGAAGAAGAUUCUGGAGGAAAGCGUUAGCCGGGAUUAUGAUGCUGAAGAGCGCAUUGGUGGCGGGGACGAUGAGGGCAAUGGCGGUGGCAGUAGCGCAACCGGGACGAAGAAUUCUUCACCGAUAAACUCGCGCGAAAAAACGGCCAGUCCGACAACGGAAAAGUCGGAUAACAUGGAUAUUUCUAACUCGCCGUAGGUACCGGGAAGCGAUGGUGUAUCGGCUCAUUCAAAUGCCACGAUGCUUUUAUUAUGAUUGAUAUGACUCUUCUAUCAGAUUACCUUUAGAAUUACCUAAUUGACCUGCUGUAUGGUAUGAAAUGAC